AUGUUCUUGGACGUGAAAGGCGCCUACGACAACGUAUCGCAUGAAGCCAUUCUGGAUGUCUUGUUGUCAUUCUUUCCAUUGCAGUGUAACAAACAUCUGUUCGUGCACAUUGGUGGCCCACCUACCUACACAGAUCCACUUCUGGAGGCGGUGGACAUACGGCAAAUUUAUGACAAGUUUCCCGAAAAGAAGGGGGGCCUUAAGGAACUGUAUGACAAGGGUCCCCAAGAUGCCUUCUUUUUGGUCAAGUUCUGGGCCGAUCUCAACACAAGCAUUCAGGACGAAGCUGGCGUCUUCUACGGCGUCACUAGUCAAUAUGAAAGUAAUGACAACAUGACAAUAACUUGCUCCACAAAGGUUUGCUCCUUUGGGAAGCAGGUUGUUGAGAAAGUUGAGACUGAGUAUGCAAGGUUUGAGAAUGGCCGUUUCGUGUAUAGAAUUCAUCGAUCACCAAUGUGCGAAUACAUGAUCAACUUCAUUCACAAGUUGAAGCAUUUGCCUGAGAAGUACAUGAUGAACAGUGUCCUCGAGAACUUCACAAUACUACAGGUCGUGACCAAUCGAGACUCCCAGGAGACGCUUCUGUGCAUCGCAUACGUGUUUGAGGUCUCCACCAGUGUUCACGGAGCCCAGCAUCACAUCUAUCGUCUCGUCAAAGACUGAGUGCCUCGGUGCACCUCCUCGCCAGUUUUUCAGUGCCUCACAUCCACCACAGCCUCCCGCCCACAGACGCCACAUAAGAGAU